AUGGUUGAAUUUCCAAUUGUUCGUGAUUUUCCUAAAGUGUUUCCUGAUGAGGUUAGCGAUUUACUGCCUAAACAUGAAGUUGAGUUCACGAUGGAUUUGAUUCCUGGUACUAGUCCGGUAUUGAUGGCUCUCUAUCAGAUGUCACAAUCUGAGUUGAAAGAGUUGAAGAGUCAGCUAGAGGAUUUGCUUGAUAAGAGGUUUAUUCGUCCGAGUGUGUCACCGUGUGGUGCACCUGCCUUGUUUGUUAAGAAGAAAGAAGGCUUUUCUAAGUUAUCUUUUUCAUUAACACAGUUGACUAGGAAAGGUCAAGCUUUCAUUUGGACUGUAGAGUGUAAAGCUAGUUUUCAAGAGCUGAAGAGGAGAUUGACUAUUGCUUCUGUUUUGAUUUUACGGAAUCCAUCAGAACCAUUUAUUGUGUAUUGUGAUGCUUCUUUGAUGGGGUUAGGAGUCGACGCUUUGAGUAGGAAAUCUUUGCAUAUGUCGAUGUUGAUGGUGCGAGAAUUGGAUUUGCUUGAACAAUUUCGAGAUAUGAGUUUGGUUUAUGAAGAGACUUAUUUUGGAGUGAAGCUUGGUAUGUUGAAGCUUACUAGUGGAAUUUUGGAUGAGAUUCGAGAAGGUCAGAAAUCUGAUUUGGUUUUGGUAGAUCGAUUGACGUUGAUCAAUCAAGGUAAAGGUGGUGAUUUUCGGAUUGAUGAGAAUGGUAUCAUGAGGUGUCAUGAUAGAAAAUCGAAAAUUGGGCAUCAAAAGUUGUCUGGUUUGUUACAACCGUUAUCUAUUCCUGAAUGGAAAUGGGAUAGUAUUUCUAUGGAUUUUGUUUCUGGUUUACCUAAGACUUCGAGUAAUUGUGAAGUUAUUUGGGUUAUUGUGAACAGGUUGACGAAAUUUUCUCACUUUAUUCCAAUUAGAAUGGAUUAUCCAAUGGAGAGGCUUGCAAAGCUGUAUAUUGAGAAAAUUGCCAGUUUGUAUGGUAUUCCGUAUAGCAUUGUGUCAGAUAGGGAUGUGAGGUUUACUCCGGUAACGGGUGUUGGUAGAGCAUUGAUGUCGCAUAAGUUGAUGACGUGUUUUAUUGGUCCGUAUCAAAUUUCCGAGAAAGUCGGUGAUGUGGCUUAUCGGAUUACGUUGCCUUCGUCACUUGCUAAUCUCCAUGAUGUGUUUCACGUGUCUCAAUUGAGGAGAUACAUUGCGGAUCCUUCACAUGUUUUCCAAUUAGAUGAUGUUGAGGUUAGAGAUAAUUUGACCGUGGAGACAUUACCUAUGCGGACAGAAGAUAGAGUGGUAAAACAACUCUAUGGGAAAGAGAUCGCUUUGGUGAAAGUUGUUUGGGGAGGACUGGCUGGUGGAAAUGUGACGUGGGAGCUUGAGAGUCAGAUAAGGGAUUCAUAUCCCGAGUUGUUUGCUUGA